GGGGACGCGAACCCAGACAGGCAGCGCUCAAAUGUGGAAGGAGGAAAAUCUCAGCCGGAGUCACUUAUUGAUCUAUAACUCCACAUAUUAGUUUGUUGGUGCAGAGAUUUCUUGUCUUCGUUUCUUUCUUCUUGUGUAUGCGCGUCGGGGAGCCGAUAAGUCGAUGGAGAAGUCGUGGAGUGCGUGCCGGCUCCAUGGGUGAAGUAGUCGGGACGUCGGGACAGAGGAACUCGAGGAGCGGGUCGACCCGUCCGCACACUCACUUAACACCACUAAAGACAACCAGCAGCACGAUGCGGCGCACCGCCGGGGUCUGCGCACAUCGGCGGGACUAAAGCCGAUGAGCGGGUCUGGUCGGCGGAGCAGUAAACCGGCGGCGGAAGAGAAGACACGGGGCUGGGGGUUUGACGGCGCGCCGGCAGGAACACGCCGAGGGGACGGCAUGCGGAGCCCCGGGACGCUGGCGUGGCGAGCCGCUCUGUGCUGCGUGCUCCUGGAGACCGUGCUGCUCCCCGCGAGAGGUCUCAACAUGUGCAUGAGUGGCAGCGCGACGUCCUGUGAAGAAUGCCUCCUGAUUCACCCCAGUUGCGCCUGGUGCGCACAAGAGGAAUUUGGGAGGGGGCGGAGUCUGACGUCCCGGUGCGACUUCAGCCAAAACCUGCAGAAGAGGGGCUGCGACGCGCGGCUCAUUGAGUUCCCCACCAGCAGCAUCUCGGUGCUGCAGAACAUGCCCCUGAGCUCCAAAGGGUCCGGGUCCACCCAGUACGAUGUCGUCCAGAUCAUGCCGCAGAAGAUCUCCGUCAGCCUGCGGCCAGGAGACCAGACGUGGUUUGGGCUGCAGGUGCGGCAGGUGGAGGACUACCCGGUGGACCUGUACUACCUGAUGGACCUCUCCCUCUCCAUGAAAGACGACCUGGACACCAUCCGUAACCUGGGCACCAAGCUGGCGCUGGAGAUGGGCAAGCUCACCAGCAACUUCAGGCUGGGCUUCGGCUCCUUUGUGGACAAGAACAUGUCCCCCUUCUCCUACACGGCGCCCAAGUAUCAGGAGAAUCCAUGCAACGGAUACAAACUCUUCCCCAACUGCGUCCCCACCUUCGGCUUCCGCAACAUCCUCUCACUGACGGACAAAGUGGACCGCUUCAACGAGGAGGUGCAGAAGCAGAUGGUGUCUCGCAACCGGGACGCGCCCGAGGGCGGGUUCGACGCCAUCCUGCAGGCCGCCGUUUGUAAGGAGGAGAUCGGGUGGAGGAAAGAGGCCUACCACCUGCUGGUGUUCGCCACGGACGACGUGCCGCACCUCGCUCUGGACGGCAGGCUGGGGGGCCUCGUGCAGCCCCACGACGGACGCUGUCACCUCGACAACCAGAACGAGUACAGCGGCUCCACGAAGAUGGACUACCCCUCUCUGGCUCUGCUGGGGGAGAAGCUGGCUGAAAAUAACAUCUUCCUCAUCUUCGCGGUCACGAAGCGGCUCUACGUUAUUUACAAGAAUUUCACAGCACUCAUUCCUGGAACUACAGUGGAGAUCCUGGACCAGGACUCUAAGAAUGUAAUUCAGCUCAUCAUCGCGGCUUACAAUAACAUCCGCUCCAAAGUGGAGCUGUCGGUGUGGGAUCACCCGGAGGACAUCGGCCUGUCCUUCACGGCCACCUGCCAGGACGGGAAGCCGCUGCCGGGCCUCAGGAAGUGCGCCGACCUGAAGAUCGGAGACACGGUGUCGUUCAACGUGAGCGUGGAGGCGAGGAGCUGCCCUCCCCGCGGCGCCGACCGGAGCUUCACCAUCAAGCCGGUGGGCUUCAAAGACCGCCUGGAGGUGACGGUGGACUACCGGUGUGACUGCGGCUGCAGCCGGAAAGCGCAAACCAACAGCAGCAUCUGCAGCGCCACAGGUACUUAUAACUGCGGGACUUGUCACUGUGAGCCGGGCUACCUGGGCGCCCGCUGCGAGUGCCAGGAGGGCGAGGCCAGCAGCGUGUACCUCAGCGCCUGCCGGGAAGCCGAGGGCAAGCAGAUCUGCAGCGGGCGCGGCGAGUGCAGCUGCAACCAGUGUCUGUGCUACGAGUCGGAGUUCGGAAAGAUCUACGGCGGCUACUGCGAGUGUGACGACUUCACCUGCGCCCGGCACAAAGGCAUCCUCUGCUCAGGUCACGGAGAAUGCCACUGCGGCGAGUGCAAAUGCCACGCCGGCUACGUCGGCGACAACUGCAACUGCUCCACGGAGACGUCGGCCUGCGUGGCGGACGACGGGCAGAUGUGCAGCGGCCGAGGCGGCUGCGUGUGCGGCCGCUGCCUGUGCACCGAGCCCGGGGCCUUCGGGGACACCUGCGAGAAAUGCCCCACCUGCCCCGACGCCUGCGGCACCAAAAGGGAGUGCAUCGAGUGCCGGCUCUUCAACUCGGGGCGGCUCGCAGACAACCAGACCUGCCAGCGCCUGUGCAAGGACGAAAUCAUCACAGUGGAGGCCCUCGACACGGAGGACCCCGGCUCUGUGCUCUGUCUCUACAAGACGGACACCGAUUGCGUCAUGAAGUUCACGUAUUCUGAGCACGCCAGCGGGCGAUCCGUCCUCACAGCCCUCAAAGAGCCAGAGUGCGGCGGCGGGCCGGACGCCCCGAUGGUGCUGCUCGCCGUGGUCGGCAGCAUCCUGCUGGUGGGCGUGGUGCUGCUCGCCGUCUGGAAGCUGGCCAUCACCGUUCACGACCGCAGAGAGUUCGCCCGCUUCCAGAGCGCUCGCUCACGAGCCCGAUACGAGAUGGCCUCCAACCCGCUGUACAAGCAGCCCGUGUCGACACAUUUCGUGGAAACGGAUUUCAACGCGUACGGGAAGUCCUUCAACGGAGGGGUCCACUGAUCCCUUUAGCACGGGGGUGUGGGGGGGGGGGGGUGGCGCGGCAGGACCGGUCCGACGAACAGAUCCCUGGAGGACGGGUACGGACGGGCGCGGCGGACUUGAACGCACCUCGAUUCACACCGGACGAAAGACGUGAACUAGACUGUUGGGGCGUGGAGGGGGCGUGGCCUUUUCUUUUCUUUUAUCUUUACGCAGGAGCUUCAAGCCUUCCACCGAGAUGAUGAUGAUGAUGAUGCGACUUCUUCUCUUUCUUCAUCUGUGUGUGUGUUUCGCAGUCGGUGGAAGAAGAACGAAGCAUGAACUCCUCGGUCUGUUCAGAGAGAAAAAGAGAGAGAGAGAGAGAGAGAGAGUAGAGUUAGCGGUGAGUUUGUCUGCAGUUACACAAAAUAAACAAACUCUCAUAAAACCCUCAUAACACCACCAUUCAAUCUUUGCACAGAGCGGGCAGGACAUUGGCUUAUAUUUGUCUAUUUUUAUAAAGGCCUUUUUUCUUUUCAUCUUCUUUUUUUUUUUUGGUGUGUGUGUAUAAACUUUGCUCCCAAACAGGGUUGAAAUAAAUUUCACUCCGCAUCGGAUCAUUUUAAGAACGCACAGGAUUAUAUAUAUAAAAAGAAAAGCACACAUUUCUGAAGGUGGCUGUGAUGACGUUGUGGUACUACUAACAUUUACUAAGCAAUAGACUUCUUCAUUUUGCACAGAGAAUAUUAAGUAAAGAUUCAAAUUGUCUUCUAUGUCGUGUGUGUGUGUGUGUGUGUGUGUUAUUGUACGCUCCCUUCUGUUAGUCUGAAUUGUAGGAUUUCCAACUCCCCCCCGGGCUUUGAACAUAACAUAACGUGAGGCUGGUCCCUGAGACCUAAACUUUAACGGUUCUCUAUAAUUAAUUUGUUAGUCGGCAUCGCUCUGGUUCCCUCAGUUGAUCUGCAACUAUUUUUUUUUAAUAACGGAUUAAUCAUCACUCUUCUUUUCUCAGUUUUUCCUCAAAGGUUCCAGCUCCAGGAGAAUUUAAUAUCCCCGUGAGGUCACUGUGGGCAUUAGGAAACUGUGACGGGCUGCAUUUUUUUUAUUUUUAGUUUUUUAAUAUUUUGAGACAUUUUUGUUGACUAGAACGAUUAAUCGAGAAAAUAAGAGGCAGAUUGAUCUAAAAUGAAAAAUAAUAAAUAUUUGCAGUGUUCAUAGAUGUGUCUCUAAAGGAGCAACAUCAGGAUUUGAAUAACUAAUUAUCAGUUGGUUCGGAUCAUUGUUGGCUUUUGCAUUGGAUUCAAAAAAAAAGAAAAGAUAUAUAUAUACAUAUAAAUAUAGUGUAUAUGACUAAAGUACCACCGGCCUCUGAACCCUUAACACCUCACUGCGUUCUCGUGUGAUGAAUCUGCUCCAUUCAUGAGGUGGAGGGGCAGAGGAGAUCCCCUCCAUAGCCGGAGCACAUGCAGGACUCGUGAGGUUAAAGCGUUUGGGCAGACGGCACCGUGUGAGGCCCCCGUGAGGCCGGGACCGGGACCAGGACCGGGAGUGGACCCUCAAAGGAAGAGCGUCCAGGGUCCUUGUUCCCACAGUGAGAACCUGCCGGUCACAACGAGCCUCAAGAAAGUGUAAAUGUGGCAGGACUUGGAGUGUGUGUGUGUGUCUGCCAAAUGAAAUGAAUGUUUUCACACACCUUUAGUUCUUCUUCCUGUAACAGGCGUGAACGUUCUCCCACAGAUGAAGGGACACGCACCACUUCAUGUUUGUGUAAUGCUGCACACACACACACACACGCACACACACAGCAAGAACAAUAAAUCUGCUUAUGUCAAAGGUC